AUGACCUUCAGAUCAUUCGCGGAUCCGGCAAAAGAUCCGGCAUCCCGACUCGGUAGUCAUGCAGAUGGAGGAGAUAUACAUCUUCAAGGGUUCAUCAGUCCCAGGCCUCCGGGCCCUGGAGGGCAGGCGGUCACUCGUGGCAGAUGCAAUGGUCCGGCAAUGCGGCUGGAGAUGCUGAACCCGCGAACCCUUUGGGACUCCGCAAACCAAUCACGCCUGCUUGCCCAGCCUGCUUCAACACGUUUCCGUCCCAUUGCUGCCCUCGCAGGCAUGCCAGGUGCUGCGCCAAUUGACCGCCUUUGUCCCUGCCGCACUUACUGCACUCCGCCUCCGCCCGAUAGCUAG